AUGAAGUGGAGCCAGGGCCUGUUCCUUGCCGUCUGCCUGGUACAGCAGGCAGCCCUGGGUGCCUGGCACAUCCAGAAACCUCUAGUGGUCACCAAAUAUGGGACCCUCCGAGGGAAGCAGGUGUACGUGUACAGGACGCCCAUCCAUGUCUUCCUCGGAGUUCCUUUCUCCAAACCUCCUGUGGGAGCCCGCAGAUUUGCACCCCCAGAACCUCCAGAGCCUUGGAAAGGAACCAGAUACGCCACCACUGACCCGCCUUCGUGCCUUCAGGAGUCCUGGGGCCAGCUAGCCUCCAUAUACUUUAACACACGGAAGCGAUACAAGUGGCUGCGCUUCAGCGAGGACUGUCUGUACCUGAAUGUGUACGCGCCGCUGCGCGCGCCCGGGGACCCUCUGUGGCCUGUGAUGGUCUGGUUCCCCGGAGGCGCCUUCCUCGUGGGCUCUGCUAGCACGUACGAGGGCUCAGAGCUGGCGGCCCGUGAGAAAGUGGUGCUGGUGUUCCUGCAGCACAGACUGGGGAUCCUGGGCUUCCUAAGCACGGGUGACAACCAGGCCCGUGGAAACUGGGCAUUGCUGGACCAGCUGGCGGCUCUGAUGUGGGUGAAGGAGAACAUUGAGGCAUUUGGCGGAGACCCAAACAGCGUGACUCUGUUUGGCCAGUCGUCAGGGGCGAUUAGCAUCUCGGGACUGAUGAUGUCACCCCUAGCCCAGGGCCUCUUCCAUCGGGCCAUUUCCCAGAGCGGCACCGCCUUAAUGAAAGUCUUCAUCACUUACAAUCCAUGGAAGGUGGCCAAGAAGGUUGCCCACUUGGCUGGCUGCAGCCAAGACAGCUCACAGAUCCUCGUGGACUGCCUGAGGGCCCUGCCCGGGGCUAAACUGAUGCGUGUGUCCAAGAGGAUGAGAUUCUUCCACGUGAACAUCUGCAAAGACCCUCAAGAGAUGACGUGGAUCAUGGGUGCUGUGGUGGACGGCGUGGUGUUCCCAGAUGACCCUGAGGUGCUCUUGUCCAGGGGACAGGUUUUACCUGUGCCCUACCUUCUAGGUGUCAACAGCCGGGAGUUCAGAUGGCUCUUGCCUUUUAUCCUAAGGUUCCCGCUAAACCGGAAUCUAAUGAGAAAGAAAUUCCUCACCAAGCUCCUGUGGAACACCAGCAGCCUGUUGAACGUGACGAAGGAGCAGAUACCUCGGGCCAUGGAGGAGUACCUGCGACACGACAGACAUAACUGGAAGAAGUACCGGGACCACGUGAUGGACUUGGCUGGUGAUGCCACCUUUGUCUACUGUGCACUGGAGACUGCCCGCCACCACCGGGAUGCCGGCCACCCUGUCUACCUGUACGAGUUUGAACACCAAACCCCCUCUAUCGUCAUCAUCAAACCCUGCACCGAUGGGGCCGACCAUGGGGAUGAGAUUCGCUUUGUCUUCGGAACUCCUUUCUUCAAAGGACCAUCCACAGCGGCAGCGAAGACUCUCAGCUUCCGAAUCAUGAGAUACUGGGCCAACUUUGCCCGCACAGGAAAUCCCAAUGAUGGGACGGUGCCCUACUGGCCGCAGUUUGACAAGAAGGAGCAGUACCUGCGGCUGGACUUCAACGUAAGGGUAGGGGAGAAGCUCAGGCAGGAGAAGAUGGCCUUCUGGGUCAGGAUGCGCCAACCUCAGCGCCCCAGGAAGCAUGGACAGUCCUGAGAGCGGCUGUGAAGGAGGA